AGGAAAUGGAUAAACUUUAAAGUUUACUUUCGGUUUGAGCGGUAUUGCUUUGAACACUGCCAUGACGGAACAAGAAUCAGUAAGUAAGAAAUGUGCCGUACUUUCAAUUAUGAUAGAGCCAGUUCUUUCCUCUUUGGCAUUUUCGUUUAAACAUGACUGGAGGAAGGUACUCACAUAUCGACUUCAAAAAAAUAAAGAAAUGUUACCCACUGCACUGCUGCUAAACCCUGAUAAAACAUUCAACUCCUUUGGUUUCGAAGCACAGGAAGAAUACUCGACUUUGGACGAAGAAAGUACAGAUCAUUACUACUUCCCCGAUUUUGUGAAACAUUUAAUUGAAUUUCAUGAAUGCGGCAGCCAUAGUCCUUCAAUCAAAGACGUCCGUGGGAAAAAAGUAAACGCAAAGCAACUUUUAUCUCAUUCUAUAAGGUAUUUUGUGGAUCAAUUCAUGUCAAAAGUUAACGACUUGUCCUUAGGUUUUUGGAGCAUUGAUAUGGAUGUUGUGCUUGUACUACCGUGCCAGUGUAGCUCUGGAUUAAAAGAUUUCUUUAAGGAUGCUGCUAUAGAGGCAGGUUUGGCAAAAGAUCAAAUCUCUUUGGUGGCAGGUCCUGUUGCGGCAGCAUUGUUUUAUGAGCACUCAACACAAGAUGAGAUACAAUAUACAUUAGUUACAAAUGGGGGCUUUUCAAUUUCUACACUAGUUGAAAAGAGCAUUUAUCUUUCGGUGCAUAUAGGAGAGGAAAACACUACAAUAUGUGCUCACCUGAAGUACGCUAGGGGAAUUGAUCCCGUACUAAAGACAACAGAUUGCCCCAAGGGUAUGGCUUCAAUUGUAUGCAAAGUAAGUUCUGUCUUGAAAAAUAUUUUUGGUGAUGAUGUCAUCGAAGAAUUUAAAAAAGAUUACCCUAUGGAGUUUACUUCUUUCGUUGAUAAUAUCCUGCUACGUCCCACAAAACGAGAAAGACUUACCCACGUCCCAAGCGACCUCAUCUCAUUAGUAGAAGAAUUACAUGGGAAAAAGUUCUCAGACAUACUGGAGAGCAGGCAUGAAGAAGGAAAAUUUGUCUCCUUUUCGUGUGGAAAAAUGAGUAUAUUGCCAGUGGUAAAAGAUCAAUUAUUUCUGCCAACGAUCGAACGAAUUGUCGAGGAGAUUGAAAUUUUCAUAGAAAAAGAAAGUCUACUCAAUAUUGAGGGCAUAUUUUUUUCAGGAAAACUUGCAAAUUGUAAGCCUUUACAAGAACUUCUUAAAACGAAACAAAAAUUGAAGACAAUCAUUUUUAGAGAUCCUUCUAUGAUUAUCUUAAAGGGAGCCGUGUUUUAUGGACAUUUAAAUAAAACAAAAAACAUUGUCGCCUCAUACACUUAUGGGAUUCAGUUUUGGGAAGAUUUUGAUUCAACUAAACAUCCUGAGGAAAAGAAAUUUGCCAUAGGCGGAAAAGAAUAUUGUGGAGAGGUUUUCCAUGUAUUUGUCGAAAAGGGAGACUUGCUUCCUCAAGAACAAUUCAUACAACACCGAAUUCGAGCUUUGAAUCCCAAGGAGGAAAUGUUCCGAUGCUUUAUUUUUAAAUCUCAGAAGAGGUCCCCUCGGUUUGUGGACGACCCCUCUUGUUUCAAAUUAGGAUUGAUCGAGGUACCAUUUUCAAAAAUUCCAACAGAUUGCUAUGAAGAAACUGAAAUCACAAUGAGAUUUGAUUUCUCGGGUCUCUCGGUGGAAGCUUAUCAUAUUUACAAGAGUCAUUCAUUUAAAGUGUCACUGUAUGACACUGACUGCAUUGCCUGCUGAAAUUUGCCUAAUCGAGAUCACAGACUUGAUCGAUACUAAAAUUUCACGUUUUCAAAUCAGCAACUACUAUAUAUUCAUAACUCUGAUUGAUUGUUUGUGUGAAUAUUGUGUUAUGUCCCAUUUUUCACACAUCAUAUACCCGUGAAGAAAUGACAUUGUGUCUUUAAAUUAAGAAUAAUGCCAGAUAUUUGUGACCAUUACCUACAAUAGACAAAAUUGCUUAUGUACUAUCGAAGAAAAUUAAUGUUUUUUUUUCAAAACUUGUUUAUGGUGUAUUUGAUAAAAAGUCAUGUUUAUUGCUGAAAUUUAACAUGAGGCAUUUCUUGUCUUGAUUAAUACUG